AUGGAAGACUCGGCGCCCGUCCAGGAGCUCGGCUCACUGUCCAACUUGGACGCGUCCCUGCAGUCGCAUGGCGUAGGAGCAGAUCCGUUGCUGAGCUUGCCGCUCCGCUUCUUCUCGUCCACCCUCGAUCAGCUUCAGCGUCGACCGACGCUCGCCAAGCUUUGCGACAACAAGGAAGGCUGGGGCCCCGUCUCGCAGCAGCGCGACCUCGACUUCACCCCCUGCUUCCAGGAAGCCGCCUUUUGGACCGCUCCCGUCUUCCUGCUUGCCGUCUCUGGCGGCAUCUCUCUGGCCAUCCUUUCGAGACAAGAGACGAGACAGUUGACACGCACAUCUCGCUCCGUGCUGUGGGCCAAGAAUGUGGUGGUUGCCGUCCUCGCGGUUGCCGCUGGCUUUCAGGCAGCCAUCUCGUACGGCCUGUUUGCCAAGCCUGGCGAAUCGGUGUUCUUCUGGUCUUCGUUAGCAGGUGUCCUUGGUUACGUCCUCGUGGCGCUGUUGCAACACUUCAACCACACACGGUCACGCCGCAGCUCGGAUGUGCUCCUUCUCUUCUGGCUCGCCCAUCUGCUUGCCUCCAUCGUCAAGGUCCGAAGUGCCAUCACCUGGCCCUCGCUGCCGAUCAAAGAUCAACUGGUCACAUUCGUCCCACUGGUCGUGCGUCUCGUCCUUGGCAUCGUCGCCUUUGCCCUCGAAGCUGCAGGUGUCGAGCUCGGUUCGGACGACGAACAUGACCGCAAACGCGCAUCCUUCAGCCAGUCUCGCGUCAAUGGCAACGGCAACGGCAACGGUUACCACGCCGUCCCCACCGACACCAACGGCAGCGCUUUCAGCGUCUUCUCCGACGCCGACGAGGAGGCCAACCCCGUUAGCGCCGAGUCGCCCGAUUCCGGCAAAGAGUGCCCCGUCGUCACCGCUAACAUCUUCAGCCGCAUCACCUUUCACUGGAUGCAGCCACUCAUGACCCUGGGUGCCAAGAAGUUCGUCACCGAAGAUGACAUGUGGGCGCUUCCUGCCAACGAGGACGCCGAAAACCUCGGCCGCCGCUUCGACAAAUUUUGGAAGCAGACCAAGGACAAGGAGACUGGCAAGCCCGCCUUCUGGACCACCUUGCUCUACGCGUACGGCGGACCGUUCAUGUUCGCUGCGCUCCUCAAGUCGGCGCAGGACGCGCUUGCCUUUGUGCAGCCCCAGAUCCUGCGCAAGCUGCUCCAAUUCGUCCAGAGCUACGACAGCCAGGAUGCCAACCAGAGCGCGAUGCAAGGCUACCUGCUCUCUGCCGCGCUGUUCUGCGUCGCCGUCACUCAGACAUCGUUCUUGCACCAGUACUUCCAGCUCGUCUUUGUGACAGGAAUGCGCGUGCGUGCCGGCCUCGUCAGCGCCAUCUUUAAGAAGAGUCUGCGUCUCUCCAACGAGGACCGCGGAGGCAGGGCUACCGGCGACAUCGUCAACCUCAUGUCGGUCGAUGCGACUCGCCUGCAGGAUCUCUGCACCUACGGUCACAUUGCCUGGUCGGCCGUCUUCCAGAUGACGCUUGCCUUUGUCUCGCUCUACAACCUGCUUGGCUGGCCUUCCUUUGUCGGUGUCGCCAUCAUGGUGGUCAGCGUGCCGCUCAACACCGCUUUGGCCCGCUACCUGCGUCGUCUCAGCGAAAAGCAGAUGAAGGUCAAGGACAAGCGAACGCGACUCAUGAACGAGAUCCUCACCAACAUCAAGUCGAUCAAGCUGUUCGCCUGGGAGGAGGCUUUCACCCGGAAGCUGUUCAAGGUGCGAAACGACGAGGAGCUCAAGCUGCUGCGUACCGUCGGUGUCGUCUCUGCCUUUUUCAACUUCUUCUGGACUGCCAUUCCCUUCUUUGUCUCGCUCGGAACCUUUGUCACCUACGCCUACACGAACCCGGAGCCCUUGACCGCCGACGUCAUCUUCCCAGCGCUGGCUCUGUACCAGCUGCUCUCGUUCCCCAUCGCCAUGUUCGCCGGUAUCAUCUCGGCGUUGCUGCAGGCUCAGGUAUCGGCCGGUCGUCUCUCGGACUUUUUCGAUGCUGGCGAGCUCGACCCCGCCGCGCGGAAGGUCAUCCUGCCCGGCCAGCGCGGACCUGUCAACCCAGAGGCACCAUCGCGUCCCGACAACGUGCUCGACACGCUCAACGACUCGAACAACGACGCCCACGAGCCUGAGCAGAACGACGAGGUGGUCAUCCUUCGAGAUGCAGAGUUCAAGUGGUCGCGCUCGCAACCCGUGCCCACUCUUCAGGACAUCAACCUCACCGUCAAGAAGGGCGAGCUGCUCGCCGUGCUCGGCAAAGUGGGCGACGGAAAGAGUUCGCUUCUUUCGGCUGUCCUCGGUGAGAUGGUGCGCACGGACGGCGAGGUCGUCGUCAAGGGACGCACCGCCUAUUUCACCCAAGGCGGAUGGUGCAUGGGCGCAACGGUCAGGGACAACAUCCUGUUCGGCCUCAAGUACGAACCCGAGUUCUAUCAGAGGGUCAUUGAUGCUUGUGCGCUUACCCCGGACCUCAACAUCCUGCCGGAAGGCGAUCGCACCGAGGUCGGAGAGCGAGGUGUCAGCUUGUCCGGUGGCCAGCGUGCUCGUAUCGCCCUGGCGCGUGCCUGCUACGCUCGCGCUGAUAUCUACCUGCUUGACGAUCCGCUGGCCGCAGUGGAUGCUCACGUCGGCGCUCACAUCUUCAAGCACGUCAUCGGCCCCGAAGGCCUGCUGCGCAGCAAGGCCCGCAUCCUCACGCUCAACUCGGUCAGCUGCUUGCCACAGUGCGAUCAGAUCGUCUCGGUGCGUCGCGGUAUCAUCCUUGACGAACGCGGAACGUACGACCAAGUCAUGGACAAGAAGGGCGAGCUCUUUAACCUCAUCACCGGCCUCGGAAAGCAGAGCGCGCGCGAGCAGGCGGCCGAAGAUGGUGAAAGCGAGACGCCCACCAAGGACCUCGAGGUGAUCGACAUGGACAAGGAGCUCGAUACGCACGGUCAGGGCGGUGAGGAAAGUCUGAAAGGCUCCAAGCUGCACCGCCGCAUCAGCUCGGCCUCGAUGGCGCGACCCAAGACCAUGUCCAAGAAGCAGAUCAAGCAGGACACGAUCCGACAGCUCAAGGAGAGUUCGGCGCCCAAGGAAAAGUCCGAGCAAGGCAGCGUCAAGCCCGAGGUGUACCGUCAGUACAUCAAGAGCUGCAGCGUGCUAGGCGUUGUCCUCUACAUCCUUGCACAGAUCCUGUCGCAGGUCAUGACCGUCUCGCGCGAUGUGGUGCUCAAGCAGUGGGGCAAGGCGAACGAGAACGGCGGCGACGCUGGCAACACGCGCUUCUACUUGACGCUGUACGGUAUCGUCGGCAUCCUCGCCUCUAUCUGCAUCUGCAUCGCUCCGUUCAUCCUGUGGACCUGGCUUGUCAUUUCGAGCGCUCGCAAGUUCCACGACAAUAUGUUCGAUGCCGUCCUUCGCAGCCCGCUCCAGUGGUUCGAGACGACGCCGACGGGUCGACUUUUGAACCUCUUCUCGCGCGAUGUCAACGUGAUCGACGAGGUCUUGCCGAGGGUCAUACACGGUCUCAUUCGUACCAUGACGGUGGUGCUCGGUGUGCUGUGCGUCGUAGGAUACUCUGUACCGCCGUUCCUGAUCGCCAUCGUUCCGCUGGCCUUUGCGUACCGCGCUGUUCUGCGCUACUACUUGGCCACGAGCCGAGAGCUGAAGCGACUCGACUCGGUCAGCAAGACGCCCGUCUUCACCUGGUUCCAGGAAUCGCUCGGCGGUCUCAGCUCGAUCCGCGCGUUCGGCCAGGAGGCGCGUUUCAUCGCCACGUCGGAAGCACGCGUCGAUCGCAACCAGCAGUGCUACUUCCCUGCCGUUACGUGCAACCGUUGGCUGGCUGUACGCAUCGAGAUGAUGGGAUCGGUCAUCAUCUUCGUCGCAUCUACGCUGGCCGUAUUCAUUCGAACCAAGAACGGCAAGAUGGACGCCGGACUGCUCGGGCUGAUGAUGUCGCAAGCGUUGAGCACGACGCAGACGCUCAACUGGGUGGUGCGAUCCGCAUCCGAGGUGGAGCAGAACAUCGUCAGCGUGGAGCGCGUCAUGUCAUACACGGAUCUGGUGUCCGAAGCGCCGUACGAGGUGCCUGAUCAGACGCCUCCCGAGGACUGGCCCAGCAAGGGAGAGGUGAGCAUGCAGUCGUACUCGACUCGCUACCGACGCGAGCUGGGGUUGGUGCUCAAGAAGCUCAACCUGGACAUCAAGGCGGGCGAGCGCAUCGGUGUGGUGGGACGAACAGGUGCAGGCAAGUCGAGUCUGACUCUUGCACUGUUCCGCAUCAUCGAAGCUGCCGAGGGCAAGAUCAUCAUCGAUGGGAUCGACGUCUCCAAGAUCGGCUUGAAAGAUCUUCGUUCCGCCAUCGCCAUUAUUCCACAGGACCCGCAGCUGUGGGAAGGCACUCUGCGCGAGAACCUGGACCCUACGGCUCGCUCGGACGACGCAGCGCUGUGGAAGGCGCUCGAGCAAGCGCGCAUGAAAGAACACGUGCAGAGCCUCGACGGCGGUCUCGACGCACAGCUCACCGAAGGCGGUACAAACUUCUCGGCGGGUCAACGCCAGCUCAUCUGCAUCGCCAGGGCGUUCCUCCGCAACGCCAAGAUCCUCGUGCUGGACGAAGCGACCAGCGCCAUCGACCUCGAGACCGACGCCCAGGUUCAGGCGAUUGUGCGGUCGGAGUUCAAGGGCACCACCAUCACGGUGGCGCACAGGUUGAACACGGUGAUCGACUCGACGAGGGUGUUGGUGCUGAAGGAUGGUGCGGUGGCAGAGUUUGACGAGCCGCAGAAGCUGUUGGAGGACAAGAAGAGCAUUUUCUUCUCGAUGGCGUUGGAGGCUGGUCUGGCCAAGUUGGACGGAUAG